CAACCGACGUCUUCCCACACUAUCCACCAAGGGUUGUAUGAGCCCGAAGUGUCCGGGAGGGGGUUCGAGGGGUAGGUGAGGAGACACAGAGAGUCCAAGUGUCGAGUUUACGGUGGGGUAUGCGCAACGCAUUAGAACGAUGACGCGCGUUCGCGCAGCGUGGGUGUUAGUACUGGUGAGGGCGCCAGCCGGCUCGCUCCGCUCAAAACUAACCCAACCAUCAUCUCCACCCCGUGCUUUAGCUACCCUCGUACCGUUCGCCCCACCGCGCCCGUCUGUAUUAUAUCCCAGGGUGGUGCGGACCGAAUGUGCCACCUCUAUCCCCCCAAUACCGGUGGAGCAACAUCGAGGCUGCUCCAGCAUCAUCAGCUGCAGACUCAACGUUAAAGGCUGACCAUUCGUAUCUCAACGUCAAAAUCUCGAAACCAAAGCCACAAAAGAAAUUCUGAUUGAAGAAGAAGAAGAAGAGGAAGAAGGAAUGGAAAAAGAAGAAGAAAGUUCUAAAGAUUGAACUAGACUAUAUUUACUCCAAUUACUUUCAUCAGACAGAAGUGCGAAGGGCUGGAGCAGACACCGGAGGUACUAUUCCAGUCUUCGUCACACAUUAUUAAAAAAAAAAAGUUGCCGAGAACGAGGGACUGAGUAUGAGAUUAAUAGAGGAGGAGAAAGAUUAAACGAGAACCACGACAGUGCCAUUUUUUAAUAAUGUUGUCAUUUUGACUUUGUUUUACGUUAUCUACGUUGUUUCUUCGAUGAAAGAGUUUACAAUCUAACAUUCCGAUCUAUCCCGGAAGUGCCUGAAGAGGAUUAUUUAAAACAAAAGUAAGGAGAGGUGUCGAGACAUCGGUGCAAGCCGGUUAUAUUUUUCUUCUGAGCCUAAUUAUCCUGCAUCAUUGAAACUUGUGUGGAAGAAUUCGAGUACUGUCACGAUUCAUCGCUCAACGGCAAAUAAGCCACAUCAAUCGAUUAAUUUGCCCUGAAAAUGUGAAAACCGUGGAAAAUUGUAGAAAAAAAUCAAAGUGAAAUAGUCGAAAGGGAGGGUAAACUGUUGACUUUCCUUCGGGGGUAUUAAAAAGUGAAGUGACAAAAGUGAGGUAUCGCGGGUGACUCCCGAAUUGAUGUACCACCAAUGCACCAAGCAAAAGCCUGUGAGUAUGAAUUAAUGUGAAAUAGAGAAAGAAGGAGUGGGAGAGGGAGAAAGAGAGGCGUGUGCAGAUAGGAGGCCAAUACUCGUGUUGAGGGUGGGGGAAACAGUGAGACAAGGGUGCCGAGAACGAGGACGAGGUGAAAAAACAGUUGGGGAUUGUGUAUGGAAAUGAAAAACCGAAAUAACCGAGGUGUGAAUGAUUAAAGUGCUAACAAUACCGUGAGUUUUUAAUGAAUGACCUGAAAAAUAGAAAAAAAAUUAUACAGAAAAAUACGUACGUAAAAGUAGUCAACAUUGCCGUUACACAGACAGUGAAAUUGGUAAAUAAAACGGGGAAUUAAGCGAUCAGUGACGUCAAAAAGUGGGUAAAAACGGCAUCAAGAAUAGUGAAUCAAAGCUGGGGGAGGAGGAGACGGAGGAGGAUAGAGUAUAUUUCGCUGUUUGUACAUAAAACUUUGUCGUUCAAGAGAAUUCCAAUAAAUUCCACAACUCCGGGGCUGAAUAAAUAUUCAAGUACAUCUUGUAACAGUGUACGUCAGCAAUUGUUCGUCGCAUCAACAUCAAAUCAUCGACGCCGGCUAACAAUAUUUGGUGCAUCCUCAGCAUCUGUGACGAUUCGUACGUAAUCGACGAGUGCUGGGGAACGUGAGACUGUGACAAAUUCAACGUGAAAAAAACCCCUGAAAGAUAAAGGGGGAAAAAUAGAAAACAACGAAGGGAAAAAAAUCUCAACCACCGAAAGAACAGACUGAGUGUACAAUUGAUUCUGUUACAGUUGUUCAGUUGAGUCUCAAUUCUAUUUAUUACCUACCUUCUACCCCGUUGUUCAUCCACUCUGACCUCUCUUCUUCCUCUCCCCAUCUUUCCUUUUUCCUCGUGUCUUCUUCCUGUGUAGCGCGCGCAAUCACUCGCCAGACCCCCUCAAACCUCCUCCUACCAAUCUUCCUCUUAUUAUUUCUCUCUCAAUAACGUUUUUUUUUUCCCUCAAUCUCUCCUCCUUGGUUUUACUCUCUUCGUAUUUUUUUCCUCUCGUCUCUUUUUUUUUCCUCUUUUUUCUUUAAUACUCGAAUCACGUACAAAGCGCCGUGCGUCGAUGCCUGAAUAAAACUUGGCUAAACAAAGAAGAGGAAACGUUAGACGGAUCGAUUUUGAAAGUGGUGGUUGGCUGGCAACGUAUUUUCCGCGUAGGUGGAAAAAACAAGUGGUCGCAAGCGUCUCAAGUGGAAAUCACGAUAAUAGUAAACUAUCAAUUGAAAAGUUUCAUUGCAGCAAAACGUAUCUACCGCGUUGGAUACACUUUGUAAAAAGAAGAAGAAAAAAAUACAGUAGAAAAUUGGUUGUUAAAAAAUUGAUAGAUAUGGCUUGUCAAAUGAUAUGGUUAUUCGGUUAUGUGAGCCUUGGAUUGGCAUUGACACUUGGUAAUCGUCCAAGUGUGCAUAUUAAUCAACGUCCACAGGUUAAAUCGAGAUAUGAUCAUCGCUCGCGUACAUCUGACAAUGAAUUACCAUUGGCAUCAACGGCCACCGUUGUCAUUGGUAAAAAUGAUAAAAAUACUGAUAUUGAUUCGUCGUACAGAUUUGGUAUGGAAUCAGUGCCCUAUGAUUUACCACCAGAUUGGUUGAUGUACGACAAGAAUGCCUGGAAUUUGCCAGAUAAGCAGGAUAGAUUAGUUGGAAGUAGAAAUGGAAUUUAUGAUAAUGGAGUUAUUGAUGAUUUCACGAGUGCUGUUAUUGAGACACUUUAUCCACAUAAAAAUAAUGAUAAAAUGAGUGGUGAUUAUUUUCAUGAUAGAAUUGAUGAUACAUUGAAAAGUGUUAAUGAUAGAACAUCAAUGUAUGAUGGUACAAGUGAUAAUGCGCUUCCAAUUGAUAAUCACUAUGAUUUUAUGAGAAAACGUAUCUUACAACGUAAUUCACGUAAUGGUGGGCUUACGGUGAUCAAGGGAAAUGGUGUUUUGCCGAUGAAAACAGCUCCAGUAUGGCCAUUAGAUAAUGUAGAUGAAGCGUGGCAAGUACAUGUCGAUGAUGACAUUAGGAGAAGCAAUGAUGUUGCUUAUGCUAGGCCAAUGGGUAAACGUAAUUAUGGUAGUGCAACAGGACGUAGAAGGUCAACCAGUGAUACACGAUCGCAAACGAACCUUCAAGUACAGUCGCAAUCUUCAUCGUCAGUGCCAUCGUCACCUGGUGGAACAGCGGGUGGUAUGGCGACGCAAAUCAUGCUGAGGGCAUCACGUGGAAAUCGACAAUACGACGUACCACAAAUUGAGUGUCCAUCAUCGGAGGAUGGCAUGGAGAGAUUCGCGUGUCCCACACCCGACAGAAUGGGAAGAUAUCGUUGCAUUGACGAUCACGUACUCUGCGAUGGAUUCAUCGAUUGUCCAAAUGGAGAGGACGAGGAUCGUCAAGCAUGUAUGUUCUACAAAACCACAAAAGCACACUUGGAUGUCCUAGCGGAUGCUCUGUUACGAUGGGUGAGAGGUCGCUAAAAAGUAUUCUUAUUCCAUACAUGAUUCUCCAUCAAUUAUCUCCAAUCUUUGUUAAUAAAUACAAUCGAUGAAUGCAUCGUUAUCAGUAAACUAUGAUUCAUGGAAGCGAGAACGAGGUAAAUCGAGGAUUCGUCCAUUAAUUGAAAAAUGUGAACAAAAAAUCCAAAUCCGAUACUUCUGAUAGAUUUUUCAUGAUUUAGUGAAUUCCAUAAUUGUUUGUCCUUGUUAUUUUAUGAUUCAGCAGAGUGAAUAAUCAUUAAAAAUUAUAUUAAAAGUUGGGUUGAAAAAAAUUUUUAAAAUAAAAUGAGGACUCGACUAUGCUGCCACGUAACGCAAGCAGUUAUUACGAAGCAUAAUGGAUUUGAAGGAAGUUCAGUAUUUAUCAUGCGAUAGAUAGUUUAUGUCAAUUCUACCAUGUGCAUGUGAGACAAUCUGAAACAAAAUGAGAUUAAGGGUAGGAGUGAGCUGUUUUUUACAAUUGAUGUUGGGUAUAAAAACAAGACAAACAGAAUUCACCACGAGUAUUGAUUCGGGCUCUAUUCUCAACUAAUCACUACUUCUUUUUUUACUCAUUUGAUAACCAGUCUGAAAAAGGAAUAUCUAAAAAUAAGUACAUUUGCCAGAGUGACCUUUUCUUUCAUUUUGUUUUUGUAUGCUCACUGCACGCGCAAAAAAAAACAACAACGGCCCUUCCGGCCAUUUACCAUUGUCGCAUGUGUUUUUCUUUUUGAACGGGUUAACAGCGAAAAUAGUGUAAUUUCGGUGGGUAAUAUUUCCAGGGGGAAAAACUAUGAUAUGAGAAAAGAAAAAAACAUGCCGACGAAACAUAAUGCCCGGAAAUCGUUGCGUCAUUCUAUACCAAGGUGAAACACUCAAUUUAAUUAACCAAAGUGAAUCCAGCCCGGCGUAUACAUGUAUAUAGGCAGUAUAUAUUGUUAGCUAUGUACUCUGUUACCCACUCUACUAGAGUGAUUCGUCGAUUGACUGAAGGAUUCACUUCGUAUAGAUAGAAUGAAUCAAUCAAUAUUAUUACCCAUAUAUAUGUAUCAAUUGCCAUUACAAUUCCUGUUAAAAUUAGUAUUAUUGAAAUAUUAUUAUACGAUUUAUUAUUAGAUUAUAUCUCAUUUUUAUGAUUGUAGAUAUGUAUUUGAAUAUAAGAGUUUUCGCGGGGGGAUGGAUAAGACAAUUUUUUAUUGAAGAGAUUAUGAUGAAGAUGAAAAAAAUAUUGUUUAUUUUAGUUGAAGAGUUAAUAAAAUUUCUAAUUUAUCAAUAAACAACGGGAGGAUCAGUAUAAUUUUUCUCAAGCACUUACUUUCUAGUUUUAUUAUUUUCAAUUUUACUUUAGAGAUUCACAGACACUUCGGUUAUACACCUGAAAUAUAUGUUAUUCGUUCGACUUGGCGUUUAGUAAAUUUGGCUCCCAUGUGAAUAUGAACGUCUCGGGGAAGGGGCUGGGGGAGGGAGAGGGAUAUUUUCCGUUGAUAUUUGUACAUAUAUGCAUUUAUGUACAGUGAAUCUAGAUGAAUGCCGAGUCGAACGUUGGCAGAGAACCAAAAAAUCCAGUAGUUACACGUACUAUCUGUCGUUGCCAUAAUAUUCGCCAGACCCCUUUUUCAGACAGGCAGGCACUGGGUGGGUUCACGGAGAAGGGGACAACUCAUCAAUUUUUCUUUCCUUUUCUUUCUAUCUUACGUAACCACAUCCCAAAGGCAACGACCCGGGGGCAACAUUCGAUCGUCAGCAUACCUAUAUAUUUACCUUCUUUUUUCAACAGUUUCGUGUCUCAUGCGCUCGCUUGUACCAUUUUACCAAUGCUUAUAUGUUCAUUCUUCAUGACAAUUUAUUUUCUUCUUUUUCACGGACUGAAUCAAUUUCUCAUUUAACCGAUAAACAGCUGUGCACAUUCCUAACACGAGGAUGACAAUUGUCGAGUCAUCGUAUGGAAAUUGUUGGACGAUGGGGAAUAUUUAGGGGUGAGCAUAUGAUACGCCAAAAUUUUUUUUUUAGAUGAAACUGGGAAUUAGUUUCGGGGACUCAACGGGGGAAGGGUUGUCAGGAUAAACAGGGGAAUUUCAUAAAUCUGGGGUAAUGAAAUUGUGAUGAGAGUCCUGAAUUUAAUUAAAGUUUUCACAUUCUCUGAAAAAAUUUUCAUUUGCAAAUUGACGAGGAAAAUUAUAGUUCUGAGUCUAUUUUGCUGGAAUAUCGUGGUUGCUUUAUUCGCACUGAGAUUUAUUUUUUUGUAUUUUAAAUUAAUCUCAGGGUUUGGAUUGUGGAACCGCGAAAUUUACAGAGAAUUCAAUAGAAAUACAUAGGAUUUUUUCGCACAUGUAUUCCUGCCCGAGUCAGACUCUAGAAUAAUUUCCCUUUUCGUUCAUCGGAAUGUUCUAUAUCAAAAACUUCACAAAGCAUGUCUGACCACUUUCCAGAGUGACGAAAAGUUUCGCACAAAAUAUAAUCACCUAGCUAUAUUGAUUCCCCCUCAAAAAGGAGGAAGGAAUAUACCAAACUUUGUCAUGAAUUUGAUAAAUUUAUUAUUCUGACGCAUUCCCAGCGUUAAUUCAUUAAUAAUUCACCGACGAAAUAGAGGGAGCAAUUGCUGAAAGCCAUCAAAUCUAUGAAUUUCUUUAAAGCAAAUUUUAUUACCUCCACCAGUCAAACUGUACAUCGUCGAUCGUCACGCGAACAAUAAUCACCGAUCGGAAGGAAUUUUGCAACGUUGAGCAUUACACACUUAAAAUCAAACUAGAGUUAUCCUGCGCUUACGUAGACACCUUAGAAUAAAUUAUUCAAGUUGCGUGCUUACUCGAAUUCACAGAAUAACCUGACGUUGGUCAAGCUGGUUAUAGUAGUCACAAGCGGAUCUAGUAAUGACAUUUAGAAGUGAAAAAUAAUGUAAGAAGGUUGAUAAGAAAAGAAAAUUGUAAAUCGAUGGAAGCUAUAGCAUCAAAUCGGGUCGCCGACCGUUCUCCUGCACUUUACGAUUAUUCCCCCUCUUUUUCCACCUUAUUUUGCAUUCGAACUUUUGCCUUCUUUAAUUUGCAAAGUUCCAUUUUUUUUUUCUACACAAAUAUUUUUAUAAAAAGUAUCACAUGUCCGUAUAAUUUGUUUUGAGCCUAUGAAUGAUAGCAGAUUUCUCUGUUAUCAACAAUUUAUCAUGGCCUACUGUCCUAUAUUAGCUCCACUCGACGUAAGUUGUUUACGUCAGUAUGCGUUAAAGGUUGUCUUCAAUAGUACCUAUAACCCCAAGCCACAAUCAAUUAAACAAGGCCAAAGGUAAUUUUGUCCAUGAAUGCAAGUGUAACGAUUUGCAUUGAACGACAUUAAUAGAAGCAAUCCCUAUCACGCCCGUAAAAAAACGAUCCUAUUAUUUAUUCAGGAUAGUUCGUCUAAUACUCUGCUACUUGUUUUACUGGCCCAACAAUAUCUUUAUUAGUAAAAAAAAUAAUUUAAUUUAAUUGUCAUUGUGAGUGCGGCAAAUUUCUCUGAUUCCUCCGGGUUUUAAAUAUUCUGAGGAGUUUAUUAGCACAAUAAUAAUAAUAAUAAUAGUAUCAACUGUUAGUGAAAAUAAUAUACUGUUAGUUUCAGUAUUAUAGCGAUAUUAAAUAUCGAAAGUUACGUAGAUGGUAGAAGUAUUAGGGAUAAGUGUAAUUAGUGGUUUAUCGAAGUAUUUAAAAUUUAUGGAAAUAAUUUAAUGGAUGUCAAUUAUUACCCAAUUUUAUGAUAGCUCUGGGCUUCAGGAGGCUGGGUCGAUGAGGUUGAAUUUCCGUGAAGGUAAAAAUUCUCGGAGACAUUAAUAAAAAUGUUUGAAAAAAUUUAAUUGAAAACCUUCAGUAAUAAAAAUAUCUACUGUUGUGAGCGACGGGCGAUGAGCAGAUUUUGCAAAUGCAAUUGCUGUUUAUCUUGAGCCACCCGAAUCCUCGCUACUGGAGAUUUAAUAAAAAUCUUAGAUGCAAGACAUUGAAAUGAAAACAUGGAAUUCUUCAAAAUCGACUCAAUGAACCCAGUGCAAAAAAUAUCUAAAAGUACGUAUGUAUUUGAUCGUUUAAUGAAGAGAGAACUAUUAUGGAAAGUAUUUAUUCAAUUAUUCGUCUAAUAUUAAAAACAUUUAGUGGCUAUUUGAUGUAUCGUAGCGUAAUUUGCCGCACUCGCGAAUAUGUUUGGAUGGUGAAUAAUUAAGUAAAAAUAACAGCGAACCGUGAAUUUUAUUUAUUUGUUUUUGCCGUCUGUAGUCAAAUUUCCCGGAUUGGCACAGAGCAAGAGGGCUAUAAAAAUGCUCGAACCGAUACUAGAAAAAUUCAAAUGUUGAACGAUGACAUUUUUUGGAAUUCAUGGCAGCAUUUCUGGGAAUUUUUGUGACCCUUUUCAGGAAAAUGCUGGGUUUUCCCAUAAAAUUUCCAGUGCCACCAUUGCAAUUCCUUCCUCGCCACCACUGAGUACCGGGUCUUUGCACUAGCAUGAGAAUUUUCGAAUGCAAAUGAGUUUGGAAUAACAUUCUCAUCUUAUGCAAAAAAAAAUAUGGGCAACAUUGAAUAACCUUUAACGUUCAUCCAGACAUUUUUUACAGAACUGAAGAAUAAAUUUUACAGUUUCCAUAGAGUUACGUUUAGUUGGUUUUCUUAUAAUUUUCUGUACCCGCCUUGAAUUUGUUUUUCUUCACGUAUUUUUCUUACUAAAAUGUUUCCUCCAAUAUUAUGACAGAUAUCAUCGAUUUAAUGGGGAGCGCCCGUACGUUCCGGAAUAUUGGAUCCGCUUGGAGAAAAUACAAAUAGAGAGCUUUUAUCAAAACAAUGAUAAUCAAACGAAUAAUUCGAAUGCAUAUGCUAUGCGUACAUUUUUUAUAAUUUCGUAAAUAUCUCAGAAUCGAGGGGCUUUAACAGAGUUAAUCAUGCGAAAAUUCUAUAGAAAGUUCUCUUAAGCACAACAAAAUUCCCUUAUCAACACCAAUAUCGCACGUGCUUAUUGUUAGCAACUUUGCUUCGUCACCAUUCGGUGGUAAUUAUUCCUUCAAAAGAAAAUUUCCCUCACCACGGAUAUCCAUUCAUCCCCUCGCUAUCGACCACGAAAGGUCACAAUUUGUAUAAUUGCAGUAAAAUUCGCCGCUGGAAAACAUUUGAAAUUAAAAUGCAUCAGCAGUCAGCCAUACUCUCCAUUUACGGUCUAUUUUCAUGAAUAUUAAUCAUGAAUAUUAAAGCCCGUUCUGACCGUUUGACUCUCCAAUUAAAUUCCUCCGCGAUCGACCGAUAAUUCCACCGUUAAUUUCAUCUUUAUAAUAAGAUCAAACUUUAUAUGACUAAUUGAUCACGAAAAAAAAUUUCUAAUUGACCACCUUAAAGCCAAUAUGUUUGGAGGGGUGGGCAAGGCCAAAUGGAAUAUUUUUUAACGUCAAUUGUUUAUCAUUAAUUCAUGAAUUAAAAUAUGCUCUACCAGUGAACACAUACAGCAUUGUUUAAAAUUUAUUAGACUCCAUAGUCUGACGCUGAGAGUAUUAAUGUUUAAAAAGCCACUUCCCAGGAUGGAAAUGAGUGAAAUAAUAAUGCAAAAUUAAUAGUUUUUUAUCACCUAAAAUUCACUUGAAACUGGAACUGUAAAUUUUUUAAAUUUUCCCAACGUCAAUCGUCGAUCAAUUUAUUUUAAUUUGGCGAAUUUAUUGGAAAAAUAAUUUAUUUAUCCCUCCCCUACCUCUCAUCCCUCAUCAAUUUUUGUUAAAGAAAUGAAAUGAUAAAAUUAUGAAAAUGGUUAAAUGUUGCUUCGUGAAGUUGAAACAAUUUUCCUGAAAUAAUUCCUUCACAAAAAUGAAAUAAAUAUCAAAUCUAAUCAUUUUUUAUGGAAAAUAUUUUGUGUUCUUAAUUGUAAACUAAGAACGCUAGAAUUUUUGCGUGGUAUGAUGGCAAAUAAUUUCGUCGAGUCUUUGAAAUCCGCGGGCAAAGAAGAAUUAACUCAUAAUGAACAGAGAUGAAGAAAAUUUUAUCGCAUCGAUUAAUCAAGAAAUAAGGAACUAUCUAAUUAACGUGAAGCAAUAAUUACAUAUUAUAAUAAGAAUAUAAAAAUGAAGGAAACUUCCAACAUGUCGCUUGAGGUGAAUUGAAUUAAUACGAAAGCGAUUGGGAAAAAAAUAAAUAAAUUCGAUUGAAUAUAACUCGACAGUUCGAUACUACGUUAGUUCGAGUCGACUGAGACUACGACUAUAGCAUAGAGUGUAUAGGGUUUAUAUACCUGAAUCAAGUUCGAUCGUGAUAGUAGCACACCAAGAUCAGGGUUCGUUCAGGCUUUCCAAAUAAAGUAAAUAAAUAAAUGAUAGCUGAAUAAUUAAAGGAGUGCAAUUGAAAAUAAUGACAAUUCGGUGUUUUAGGUGGAACAAUAAUCUAGUCAAUUUUUUUUUAUCACUGAUGCGGUAGGGGGAUGAAUAUAUGGGGGUAAUAAAUACAUUUUUAUUGAUCCUUUGCAUGAAAUAACAGUAAAAAAAGUCCAAUAGUGAAGGAAAUACAUUUAUUCAUUUAAAUUUCAACAAAUUGCUUUUAUUCCUAAGCAAUUCGAUGAAAAAUCUUGGAAAUGGCGGAGAUGGAGCACAAUAAAUGUCCAUAAAAUCACAGGGAAAAUCCCCUUUCUGCAAGAUAACCUCGGAACGGUUAUGCCCUUUUUCAGACUGUAAUUAUAUUUCUCGAUGUAAUCGAAAAACUUUUUCACAAUGAGAAAAUGUUUUCGAGAUAUUACUACAGCUGAGAAAAGUUGAAAAUUUAAUUUUUGUAGAAAUGUCGGAGUCUUUUCUGGAUUUUUAAAGACACAAAGUACAUCAUUUGUAUUGCAACUCUGCAUCGCUGGGGGUCUUGAGUCAGAUUAUUGCAUGUUUGUCGGGGGAAUUAGGUGGAUGAACGUAAAGUGAAAUCCUUCCUCAUUACCGCGAUACGGAAAAUUAGUGAAAAGGUCAUGGAGAUACUGAGAUACUUUGCUCUUCUUAUCUUUCAUUAGAGGUGUUCUUAUUAAUCUUAUGAAAAAGAACAAAAAUCAACGUAAAAUUGUCGAGGUUUUCUUACACUUUUUUCAUCAACAACUGAUCCUUUGGGGGUAGUUCGAGAAAAGGGAUAUUUCCUGUUGUGUCGGAUCCAUUUACCUCAUUGUUUAAUUCGGUCGCUACUCUGGGUGUUUCCAAAUGUAAAUUUGUCGGGUCCGAUUGAUUGCCUCCAGCAUAAUCCAUUAAUUUUAUUUCUCCCAAACUCCAAUAGUUGAUGAACAUGAAACUUUAUUUGCCACCCUAGAAUUGAAAAAUGUUUACAUUGAAAUAUGUAGCCUUCACGCACCCUGCAAUCUGUCGAUACUGGCGCGGUCGUAAUUGAAAGAGGAAUAAUCGUAUAUGUUGUUAUUGAUUGAACUUGUAACGCGUCAUUAAUUAACGCUCAUUGGCUGGUGGAAUACUGUAUCAAUUAAAGUAAAAAUUGAGUACUGGGGUCAUGCUGUCACUCACAUACAUCCUCAUCAGCAUACAUACACCCGCGUGAGAUGAAUAAAUGGGUACGUUAUCGAGAAAAUAUGUACUGCAGAAUGAAAAUUUGCGAAAGUUAUGAGGAGCGUUAGAAUUAUUCUUGUACGUGCCAUUCUCGUAAUCAUAGAUCGUAAUAUUGUGAGUUUAUUAUCGAGGUUUAGCUAUUUGGCUGCCGUAUGAUCAUUAAACUCUCCUCGACUACUAUUCUGCUUCUCCAUUGUUUCCACAGUUGAGUUGAUCUCAGUUUGAAUUAGAACAUUUCCAUAUAUCAGCAUGUCAGUAACAAUCGUUAAACUUCAUGAACUUGUGUGGGAUUGUCAGAUAUACUAUUUUUAACUUGCCAAUUUCAAACAUUUGAUUGCUCCAGGUAAUUUGACGGGGUCCACACAGUGGAAAAAUUUCAGAAAUGAUUCAGCAAGCGGGAGGCAUAAUUCCCUCUUGAUUAGAAAUAUCAAUUGAUUUCAAAUGAAUUCUCGUGAAAAUAUUUGAAUUUUAUAAUGUAAUACACCAGGCAAUUCUCAAUUUUCUAUCAGAAACCAAAAAUCCCCGUAUUUCUGGCCGUGUGAACCAAUCAAUCGCAAAAAAUUUGAUUACAGUCAAUUGAAAAUGCAAAUCACGGCUUUUGAAAUGAACAGAAUUCUAUUCUGAAUUUCAAAUGAAUCGCGAAUCCAAUUUCCCGUAAAAUGGAAUCUCGUAUAUAUACUUCUCGGUGAUGUUUUCCGUUAAAAAAAUGAGUUGUAACUGUCCCUAGCCGCGAGUACCAUUAUUCCACUGUCCAUAAAUCCAGUGUUUAAUUUAACCCGCAUUUUACUACCACGAAAAUCAUAUUAUCCUGUCGGUGAACGUUGGAACGAUCAACGACACAUUUUCUGACUGAUUAUACAGACUGACGCCGGGUGCACGGCACGGCACAAAUGUCCUAAUUAUGUACAUUGAAGACAAUACAUAGAUCCCCUCUGUGUCAUUUCCAUUCUGUACUUCAGGAAUUUUAAAAUAAUUCUUUUAAAUUCAUGAAUAAUUCUUCCGACUCAUGUAUUUUUAAUUUUCAUUCGACUGAGUUAUGAUUGAAUGACGGCUAAUGCUAAGAUAAGAGAGUAUCAAAUUUCAUCCGUAAAACUAUAUUUUCUGUCUGACUUAUCAUUUGGUAUUUCCCGUGGCGUACAUGUAACUCCAUUCACCUGUAUGAUUUAUUUAUCCAUGAAAUUGUACAUACGUCAACUAUGGUUGAUUAUCGAGUAAUUAGCGGAGAUAGAAUAGUUUAUAAUAAUUGUAUAAAAACAGAAAUAAUAACAGUUGAUUAAAAAAACAACGUUUUUGUUGAUUGUUAGAAAUUUUUUUAAAAUUUUUUUCAGAUCUUGUAGAUUCCCCGUAGAAAUUAUUUUUGUCGAUUGAACAAUUUACUUUGAGACUUCUUAAAAAAAUUUAUUGUAAAUAAUUUAUUUAUUUUAGUUGGAUCUUUGUGAAGCCUAUUGUUUUUCGAGACAUCAACCUCAUUCACGAAUGGCACAAAAAAGUGUUGAAGUGAAAAAAUGGUUAAGAGUUAAUUAAAUUAUUAAUGAUUUAAUAUUUACAAAAUAAAUAAAUUUUCUCUUGUAAAUACCGAAUUUAUUUGAAACUGUAUUUUUUCUAAAUUGUCUAUCACACACAGAAAAGCAUCGAAUCCAAAAACGGAAAUAAUUUAUCAAAUUGCGCCAGUUUUUAGAACUUCAUUCAUAGUAAUCUGUAAAAAGCAUUUUUUCUUAUUUUCUUCUUCAGAUGAAUCGAACAUCCGUAUCAAUUCAUAGAUCACGAGAUUCGAGUACAUAAUAGGGGAGAGUGGGGUAGUACGACCCACAUUUAAUCGUCAAUAUCUUCUAAGCAAGCAGUGCUACUCGGAUGAUUGUAUUCUCAAUUUCAAGCGCAAAAAAAAUAUCUGGGAAAUGAGAAGAAAAAUGAAAAAUGAUAAGAUAGUACAGUUGACCCCACUCUCCUUUUACACAUCCCAUGUGAAAGCUACGUUCACCCUCCAACACCAUCAACAAAUUAAUAGUCCAUCAAAAUAAUACUUUCUCACCACCAGAAACGAGUGCAAUGUAGAGUAGAUAAACAUUGAGGACCCUUAUUUUUUUAUCGAGCGACAAAUUAUUUUGGGAAAGCGCGAGGCAGUGACAUACGCAAGAUUUUUUCGCUGCAUAUGUAUAUUGAGAUAAAUGCGAUAGAUGGAUAUCAUCUUUGCUCUUGAUUUUAACCUUCGAAAAACAGUUCAAUUGAAAAUUGAAUAAUUGUCAAUUACGAUAUUACUUCAUCUGUAAAAACUUGAUAACGGGCCUAGUAAUUCCAUUCAUUAAUUUCAUCGUCAUUGAUCAAUAUUCACAAUAUCUUAACAAAUAAAACUACAGCAAUAUUAUACUUUUUUUUAAUAUUAUUUUUUAUUUUUAUUUUUAAUUUUGGUGGUCGAACUUCACUUUUCUUGAAUGAAUUGGAAAAAACAAGAAAUUAACUACAAAAACACUCGAAUGAAUAGUGUUAUUAAUUUUUCCUCCCCGAGAGGGGGUGUAGUGACCCUUGAAGACGAAUCUAUGAAAGAAAAACCCGUUAAAUUAACGGGAAAUCUUAUUUUGGAUACCUCAAGUCCUGAAAUAAAAUCCUUCAUGUCAUUGCGAUCAGUCAGGACCGAUAAGAAAACCUCCUUCAUUAAACCUCAUCAGCGCGAAUGAUGUCGAAAGAUGAAUGAAAAAAUCUAUAAUCUAAAAAUAAAAAAAUGGAUCUGUGGCCUAUCCUGACAGGGUGUUAUCGAAACACACGUUCGAUCGUUCAACUUCACAAUAAAUAAAAGUGUUGAUCUAAAUGUUUCAAAAUAGACUAUAAUUUUGAUGACAGAAAUUCACACAGUGGCCAGGCAUAACAAAAGAGAAAGAAGCGAGCUACGAUUGUCAAAAGACAAAUCGCCCUCAAUUCGAUGGAAAACCAAAAAAAAACUAUUAGACGAUAAGUGAUAUGCGGCAGCAUAGUUAACGACAUAAAUUUCGCUAUAAAGUCUUGUUAAACUCCCCAAAAGAACGAGAAAUUGUAGCGAGAUGUCUCAGCUCAAAGCAAAAAAUCAAUUAAAAAAACAUGUUAACACGCUCAUCGUAAUAAUAUCGAUCGACAGAUCUACCGUUAUUUUUCAUCUACUUUUUCACACUUUACUUUGAUUAAUCACAAUGACAUUAAAAAAAAUAUGAAAAAAAUACAAAAAAAUGUCGUGUCUUGAAUAUAAUCUGAAACACUCCAAGAAAAAAACCUGUCUCUAUAUGUACCUGCUUUUUCUAGAUGUAAGAAUUAAACAAUUUUCUGUGUCGAUAACAAAAAUGAUUAAACCGCCUCGAGAAAACAACCUUUUAAAAUUAAAAGAGCUCCUCAAAUAUCUAUAUUCGAGAUAAUGAUAAUAAUGAAAUAAUCUAAAAUCGUCUUUAAAAAAACUCCACCCUAUCAUUUUUAUCCGGUUGUUGUACUCAAUUACAAAGAAUACCUAAAAUUCAUAAUAAAAAAUCAAUCAUUACUGAUUAUUCAACUUUUAUGUGAAAAUUAUCUCAUCCCUUGUGUCGCCCAAAAUUCAACAGAAGAACGUAGAACCCUUUUUAACGAUAGAAGACAAUGGCAACCGACUGUAAUAACAAGGUUGCACCAUGAAAUUCGAUAUUAAUAUAAAUAACAAUGAAAUGGCAUUACAGAGCCGAUGACAAUCUUUAAUGACGGAUGUUACAGGCGCUAAACAAAAUUAAUUAUGGGUGGGAGGGGCAGAGAGCAUCAUCAUUAACCGUAUGCUCUCUUAACUGAUACAAAUAGUUAUUAAAACUGCUGACAUGUUUUACCCGAGUGUUUUACAUUCAUGGCAUGAAACCAUUAUUUUAAUUGGAAGAAAAAACGGAAAAAUAAAAAUUCAUCGAGUUAUUCUGUAUUGAUUUACUGAAAUUCCAAUUAAUUUUCAAUGGUGAUCAAUUAUUAUUUAUCAAAAUACACCACCAAUAUAACUCCAUCUAAAGACUGCUCAUAAAUAAAAAAUAAAAAAAAGAUAUAUAAUAUUCUCACGAAUCAUGAUAAGAGUUAUUCGACGAUGAUUGUGUAUUUUUGGCGUGAUCACGAUGACUCUAUUAAGAACAUGGAUCAAUAAGUUGAUUGAUCAAUGAUUGAAAAAAAUAUAUUAAAUGAUACAAUCAACUGACUUUACAGUUCAAGAGUUUACAUGUCAAUCGAUUCCUAUCCCAAGUGAAAAAACAAAUAGUAGAUGAAAACUGAGUACAGACUCCCAUAAAUAACCAAAAGAUAAAAAAAACUAAAUGAUAAAAUGAAUACUGUAAUUAUAUAGAUAUGUAUUAUGCAUGGAGACCCUUUGUCUAAUUGACGAGAGGGAGAAAUAUUUAUUUUAGAUAGAGAGUAUUUUUUAUUUUUUGAUGGGGAAAGGGCGGGGGAAAGGAAAACAUAGUGGCAAAUUUUAUAGUUAUUUUUUCUACAUUAUAAUGUUAAAACUUCCAGAAUUCAUUGUUCAGAUAAAUAUAGAAUAGAGCAUGGUAUUUUUUGGUUCAAUGUUCUUCAUUGAAUAUUUGGUUAGACAGGGGGCCUCGGUGUGUAUGAAAACUAUUAUAGUAGCUAGCUCGCAAUUGUUGAUAUUUAAAAAUCGAUAUAUUAUAUCAAUAAUAUUAUACAUUACUCAACGAUGAAUAUGAAUUAUGUGUAUAUUUUACUAUAAUGAAUGAUAAUGAAAAAAAAAUCUAUUGAAAAAAGUAAAAAAAAAUGAUACUUACCUUACCAUAAUAA